UUAACAUCAUUCAAGCUAUUUCGAUAUCUCAGAUACUUAUCGAGUGUUUAGUUAAACUGUCAGUGUACGUUUUGUAUUAACUGACUGAUGAUCAUCAACCAUAAAACAAAGAUGGGUAAACCUAUACAUACAUUUGUUAUUUUCAUUGCGUUGAUCAUAAUUCAAUUACUAGCAUCUAGAUCAGCGGGGGAUGCCAGAAUCCAAAUCAUCAAGAUGGUUUGUGUUGACGGGAAAAACGAUCGAAUAAAAUACCUCGAAAACGGUGUCAGGGUAUUAGGAAGACUUAGCAACCAAAUGCAAACUUCACAUAAUGCAACAGUAUCAGAGGGAACCAGCCCGGACCAAGUUUAUGGUCUUUCCCAAUGCUAUGGUGACCUCUCUGUACAAGAUUGCCAAUUUUGCACUGCCCAAAUUCGUACUGUGCUUCCUAGUUGCUAUCCAAAACCUGGGGGUCGACUUUACUGUGAUGGCUGCUUUAUGCGAGUUCAAAACUAUAACUUUUUUAAGGAGUAUACGGGGCCUAGUGACACAAUUAUUUGUGGGAAUACAACACGGAAAAGUACCAUGUUUCAAAAUUCAACAAGACGGGCAGUCAUGAAUGCUGUAACGAAGGCAUUAAGACAUCGUAGCUACUUCUCUAUGGAAGAGGUGAUAACGGCUGGUUCUAAUGAUUCAGUUUAUGUGCUGGCAGAAUGUUGGAAAACUUUAAGCCCGAGCUCUUGUAGGGCGUGUUUGAUGAAUGCAUCUGCAUCAAUAACAAAAUGUUUGCCGUGGUCCGAGGGGAGAGCAUUGAACACUGGAUGCUUUAUGAGGUAUUCUGAUACCAAUUUUCUCAAUCCUAUACAAAGCUCAACAAGCUCUAGCAAUAAAGGGAAGAGAAUACUUAUUGUAGUUUCCGUUGUUAGUUGUGUGGUGGUUUUCACAGUUGCUUUAAUGAGCUUCUUAAAUAUAAGAAAACAGAAAUAUGUACAGCAGAGGAGAAAUGGUUCUUAUGAAGCAAAAAAUGCGAAAAAACUGGUAAAAAUUCUUACAAACAGUAACUUGAACUUCAAAUACUCUAUAAUUGAGAAAGCCACCGGAAAUUGGGAUGACUCCAAUAAGCUCGGACAAGGUGGAUUUGGUACUGUCUACAAGGGUGUUCUCUCAGAUGGACGAGAAAUAGCUGUCAAGCGGCUCUUCUUAAACAACAAAUUUAGAGCAGCAGAUUUCUACAACGAAGUUAACAUCAUUAACAGUGUUCAACACAAAAAUCUGGUUAAGCUAUUGGGAUGCAGCUGUUCAGGACCUGAAAGCAUUCUCAUAUAUGAGUAUUUACCCAACAUGAGCCUCGACCGCUACAUUUUUGAUGAAACAAAAGGCAGGGAGUUACGAUGGGAGAAGAGAUUUGAGAUUAUUAUUGGGAUAGCAGAAGGCUUGGUUUACCUUCAUGAAAAUACCAAGAGACGCAUUAUACAUAGAGACAUUAAAGCUUCUAAUAUCUUGUUAGACUUCAAGCUUCGUCCCAAAAUAGCUGAUUUUGGUUUAGCCAGGUCUUUUCAAGGUGAUAAGAGUCAUAUGAGCACUGCCAUUGUGGGUACACUAGGGUACAUUGCUCCAGAGUACCUGGCUUGUGGCCAGUUAACCGAAAAGGCUGAUGUCUAUGCCUUUGGUGUGUUGCUACUGGAGUUGGUCAGCGGAAUGGAAAGCAACAGAAGCAAAAUCGUGGAAUAUGCUGAAUAUUUAGUGUCUAUUACAUGGAGGCAUUUUAUGCAUGGAACACUGAAGGAAAUGUUUGACCCGAAUCUGAUGAUGAAUGUAUAUCCUAAUAUCAUUUUCCAGAAAGAUGUCAUAAGAGUGAUACAUGUAGGACUUCUUUGCAUUCAAGAAGACCCGUCUUUAAGACCAUCCAUGUCAGCGGCACUGAGAAUGUUGGCAAAGGACGAUGAACCACUACCCGUCCCCUCUAAUCCCCCAUUUUUGGACAAGGAGAUGAUGGAACUCAACAUCACGCAAACAUUACGGGGUUCUUCAGUUGCCACAGUUUCUCUCAGCUAUGUCGACCCAAGGUAAUUCUAGUUUGUAAUAAAAUCAACAAACCAUCAGUCGAUUAGAAACUUAGAUCUUCUCAGCCACUCCCGUGGUAAGCAUUCUGAUGUUAUCGUGUGUAAGCAGUCCAAUAAUACGGUUGUAAUCUCAAAAGUAAGCGUAGUACCGAGGUUGGCUGAGUCUAAAAAUAUGGAAGUUUAAUUUGUUUGUAUUGCAUCAUAAACUUUGAUUUAUGCAUGUUGUUCAUAUGAUAUAUAGU